UACAAGCUAUGCUUACUAGCAUCAGCGCAAUUUAUGACGGGCAGUGGGAGGAACGGCGUCACGGAAUUUAUACCUUUCUAGAACCGGUUUGAUCCAGUUCUCUUGAGCGUGGGUUGCAUUAAACACAAAGGAAUUUCUGAUUUUAUACAGCUUUUACUACAAUUUUACCGCAUUUUAAACAGUUUUCGUUUUAGAAUUUUACACAUAUCGUUCCCAUAACGAAUGAAAAUACAAAAACUACUGGGAAUUUUACACAGAUAACCAGCAUGCCUUCUAGAAAGAGAAGUGUUGCUAGCAGCAAUGGAGGGGCCAAGAGAAAAAGGGCAGUCUCCCACACAGCCACUACCACAUCAGCCACAAAUGAUGAAGCCAUUAUUGCUCUCAGUGAAAACACUAGAUAUAGAAACUCUAGGAGAUCAACAGUAACAACACCCAAUAUACCAAUACCAGUUCCUGUCACAGAAAGUGUUUCAAUACAAACUCAACAUAUCGUUGACACGUUAACAGAUAAACUUGAGGCUAUAGUCGAGAAUAAGAUACAACAAGUUUUGGGCCAAAGUGGACAAGCACGUCCACAACAGGUACAGGCCCCAGAAACAGUUCCCACGCAACAGUUACAACAACAACAACAACAACAGGCGGAAUCACUGGAUGACCGGGCACAAAGUGUAUUUACUGGUAAUUCUGGUUGUCUCACUUCAGCUUCUUUACAAUCCUCCCCAUCAAUUCCACUCCAUGCAUCAGUUAAUCUGAAAAUAAAAGAAAAGAUCUGGGCUGACGAAUUUGUAGAUUUUUCAACUUCUUUUAGUAAGUCUCAGGAAUCGUUCAGCUUAACAAUCACGCCAACGGGCAUUUCUUCCUUUUCACAGUCAAACUCAAGAAAAUUCAUAACAAUUGAGCAAUGGACUGAUAUUUUUGCAGUCUUUUCAUCUGUAUACAGGCAAAAGUAUCCGGACACUGCUGAACAACUAGCCCAAUACAGUAACACUGUGCGGGCAAUUGCCAAAGCUAGGGGUAACUGGCAUUAUUAUGAUGUGCAGUUCAGACAGCUCCGUCAGAGUCACCCAUUUUCUUGGGACUCAAUUCACCAUGAGCUAUACAUCAAAGCUCUAAGUCAGAAGCAGCCCUUUCGGCCAAAUGGCCCACAAACGGGCCAAUCUAGAAAAACCUGCAACAAAUUCAAUCGUGGAGAUAGAUGCACAGGAUGCAUCUACCAACACAAAUGCAAAACAUGCUCCGGCAAUCACCCACACUAUAAAUGCUGGAAGCGAACAUCCGACGGUGCCCCCAAAAAUUCAAAUAACGCGGUCAGUCACAACCCAACAGGUCAAACCCCCCAAACAAAGCCAAUAGAUAAAGUUACGUUACCCACUCCGGUUUAAAUGGCGCAAGCUGGA